CGUGGUCAGUUUCGUCGUUCUUCUCUACUGUUCACAUGACCAGUUUAUUUGACCCCAUGACCAGCGCUUCGCAUUCGAAUUCUCCGACUCUGGACAUGCUCGAUGGCUCCCUAGAUACAGAGAAGACGUCUCUACACGAGGCCAAGGGCUCUGAUCCAACGCAAGUUUCCCCAGAACCCGAAACAGUCACAGUCACAGUCUCGACUGUCGGCGACGAACACGGUCUUGUAGGCCAUAGGAGUAAUUCGCCCUUCGUUGCUGACCCAAACGCCAUCCAGUUUCAGUACAGGGCAGACAAUAAUGGCCAGGUUCAAGGGACAGGGUUCGAUGGAGGAAGCCAGCAGAUUCGAGUUGUUCAUGUGCAGUCUGCUGAAGUCGUUGGAGAACGAGUCGAUGGGUCUGGUACGCCAACGAACUUUGUCUCCCAACCUCAAGUGCAAACGGUGAUCCAAAGUCCAUACAGCAAUGGCUCUUCUCCGACGCAUCAAUCCGACACCGAUGCUACUCCAGACGCCAACAGAUUCACCUACUUUCACACUCAGCCCGAUGGAGCUGGAGGUGGAAACGUUGUGCAAACGGGAGCUGGGGAUUCUCUCGAAUCAAACAACACUUAUGCCGUUCGUAGCAUCCCUGUCUCACUACAACAACCAUCCUCUCCCUCUCAACUACCUGGAACAAUAACAAUGGCUGAGGCACAGACUAUCACAACUGUAGGGACUGCUGCAGGAGGAUUUUACGUGAUGAUGUCCCCUCAAGAAGUCAUGCAGAGUAGCACUCAAAGAACCAUAGCCCCAAGAACACAUCAAAUGGGAAGUAAAGUUGAAGGCACUAGAGGUAGAGACGACAAGAGAAGAGAAACUCACAAUGAAGUUGAACGUCGUAGAAGAGAUAAAAUCAAUGGAUGGAUUACCAAGCUAGCCAAAGUCGUUCCAGAUUGUGCCUGUGAUCAAACUAAAGCUGGACAGAGUAAAGGAGGAAUACUAGCAAAGACAGUAGAUUACAUAAAUGAACUAAAAACAGCCAACACAAGAAUGGGUGAAAGCCUCAAGGAUAAUGAGCAGACAGCAAUAGAUAUUGAGUUGUUACGUCAACAAAAUGAGGAGCUUCGGCAAGAAAAUGCAAUCUUACGAGCUCAACUACAGCAACAUGGGAUAGACCUUGGGACCAUUGUUUCGGUUGGCCAGCCAUCCCAAGGAACAGGUUAAGACGAUGUACACACAUAUGAAGGUGUUUCUGGAUCAUUUGGGAUGCAUAACUAAUUAAAUCCCAAGGCAAUUGAUAAUUACCUUUGAACAUAAACUUCGUACUUGUAUCCAACUUCAAAACAGCACAAGUAAAACCAUUAGCCAUAGUUAAAUAAAAUAGUAGUUUGUGUGAAUAUGUAAUCUAUAGAGUUCGAAGAUUUUUAUUGUAUAUAUAUAAACUUUGAGCAGAAAAUAUAAAUAAGCCUCUCCUUUCCAAUGCACAACCUCAAAUUUCGUCAUUCAAAAUGCCACACUUGUACUCUAACUAUUCAGGUAAUAUUUUACUGUACUUAAGUCAGUUGGCUAUUUUCUAAAAACAAUAUUAUAAUGGACUGAAAACAGUUAAAAAUGCUAUAGUAAACAGUCAGAUGUAUUUUCUCAUUUUUUUCUUUCAGAGAUUUUGUCUGAAGACAAAAAUAUGCUUUUAAAAAAAGUAACUUUUGAAUUUAAAUGUUAAGUUUGUCCAAGAUUAGUUUAUAUUUAGAUGACUAAGGAUUUAAGACCCUUGUUUUCUUUAUUAGAUAAGUGAGGUGAUCAGAAGAUAAAUUGAUAAAUAUUAAACAUAACAUUUUCUUAA